UGCGCAUUCAAAAUUUAACGGUUAUUGCAAUUUGGCUAAUCAAGACAUUCCUUGCCUACUCUGGGGAGGUGCCGUACAGAGGGUAAUAUUUGAUCCAGAGUUUACAUCCACCUGGGACAACGGUUCUAUAAUAACUGAUCCCAUACCAGCUUCACCAUGAGCAUCGAUGAAAUCUGUGAGAACACCAAGAUGGGGAGGGAAUAUGCCCUGCUGGGAAACUACGAGACAUCUCUUGUCUACUACCAAGGAGUCUUGAACCAGAUCCACAAGCUCCUGACGUCAGUCCAUGAUCCGCAACGCAAGCAUCAAUGGCAAACAAUAAAACAGGAACUUACCCAAGAAUAUGAGCAUGUGAAGGACAUCACAAAGACCCUGAGCGGCUUCAAGUCCGAGCCUGCCCCGGAGCCGGCUCCCAACCAUAGACCCGCCCCUUUCAGUCACCAUCAGCAUGCCAAGCCUGCAGAGCCAGCCAGAGAUCCAGACGUGUGGCCUCCCCCGACCCCUGUGGACCAUGGUCAUAGGCCUUCCCCUCCAUACCAGCGGGCUGCACGCAAGGACCCGCCCCGUCGCAACGAGCCCAGCAAGCCAGCCAAUCGGAAUUCUGGACAUGACCGUGGAGGUCGUGGCCCCUCAGAUCGCCGUGGUGAUGGUCGUUCCGCUGGUGGACGAGGCGGCGCUAGGGGAAGUGAUAAAGACAAGGGAAGAGGUGGAAAAUCAGAUAAGGACAAGAAAGCCCCGUCAGGUGAAGAGGGCGAUGAGAAGAAGUUUGAUCCUGCUGGUUACGACAAAGAUCUGGUGGAAAAUCUUGAAAGAGAUAUCGUACAGAGAAACCCAAAUGUACACUGGAAUGACAUUGCUGGUUUGACUGAAGCCAAACGUCUUCUAGAAGAAGCCGUGGUGCUUCCCCUCUGGAUGCCGGAUUAUUUCAAGGGAAUCAGAAGACCCUGGAAGGGGGUUCUGAUGGUGGGGCCGCCAGGGACGGGUAAAACCAUGCUUGCCAAGGCCGUAGCCACGGAAUGCGGGACAACGUUCUUCAACGUGAGCUCGGCGUCGCUGACUUCGAAGUACCACGGAGAGUCAGAAAAGCUUGUGCGGCUCUUGUUUGAGAUGGCACGAUUCUACGCACCAAGCACUAUCUUCAUUGAUGAGAUUGAUUCUAUCUGCAGCAAGCGUGGAACCGGGUCUGAACACGAGGCUAGCAGGAGGGUCAAAUCUGAAUUGCUCAUUCAAAUGGAUGGUGUGUCUGGUCCGAGCGCUGGUGAGGAGAGUAGUAAGAUGGUGAUGGUCCUCGCUGCCACCAACUUCCCCUGGGAUAUCGACGAAGCCCUCAGGAGACGUCUUGAGAAGCGUAUCUACAUUCCACUGCCAGAGAUUGAUGGUCGAGAGCAGCUUCUUCGUAUCAACCUGAAGGAAGUGCCUCUUGCUGAUGAUGUUGAUCUCAAGACCAUUGCUGAGAAGAUGGAUGGCUACUCUGGAGCUGAUAUCACCAAUGUUUGCAGGGAUGCCUCCAUGAUGGCGAUGCGUCGUCGCAUCCAGGGACUGCGGCCGGAGGAGAUCCGCAACAUCCCCAAGGAGGAACUGAACCAACCCAGCACCCCUGAUGACUUCAUGCUGGCCCUGCAGAAGGUCUCCAAGUCUGUCGGCAAGGAGGACCUGGAGAAGUACAAGAAGUGGAUGGAGGAGUUUGGCUCCGUCUAGUGAGGGCGGGCUUGGCUCCGGGUAGAUUAGGGAUUAGAGGGGGCGUGGGAAUGGACUGCCGUCAAUUCAAUUCACUGUAGAAUAUUGAACCUAAGGCUUUGUGUGAAUAGAAAUUCUGUUAUGUCUUUAAUUCUCUUUCAGCAGCAUAUCGGGCCCUGUUACAUGAAGCUUAGUGAUUAAUCACAGUGCUGAUUUCUCUGAUUGAUUGCAGUGAUUAUUGUGAAUAAUCAAUCGUGAAAGUCAGCUACCAAGCAAAUUCUGAGCUUUAUGUUACAAGACACUGGGCCCAGUCGCAAAAGGAGUUGCAUGUAAAUGCAAGAUCGAUCGCUAAUAUGCACAAUUGAUUGAUUGGUUGAAAAUCAAGUUGUGUUUGAAAUUUUGAGUUGCAAUUGAUCAUAAUUCUUCGUGCAACAGAGAUCUAACAGCAUUUCUUAACUUAUAGAUUGGUUGUAUCAGUGGCUGUUACUGCCUUUGAUAGGUGGGGGUCGGUUGAUGGAAAGAUUUGGAUCCAGAUACGACAGGGAGAGAGAGUUACUAACAGAAAAAUUGAUUGAGAAUGGGAUAAAGGGGAGCUGAUCGCUCCAUUUGCUAUGGAAGACGUAAUGACCCGUUAAUUCUUGGUAAAUUCAUAAUCGGAAAUGAUUAAAUUUGUACCAUUACAAUGACUUCAAAACAUUGAAAUUCCCUUCGAAUUGUUAUAUUUCUCCAACCAUCAAACUCAUUUAAUCUUUCUCUCUUGCGAUCUACCUGCGUAGAGAUAUGUAUGAAUGUGGUAUAGAACUAUUAUAUCUCAAUGUAUAGAUAUAUUAAUUAGGAAUAGUGAAUAUCUAAUUAUAAGCCAUGAGUGUAAUUUUCCCCAAAUCAAAAUUGGCAAGAGGUUAUAUUAUUUAAAGGAUGACCAAUAUUUAAACAUGUACUUGCAGGUUAUGAUGAUUUGGAACUUAAAGCCAGUAAUAUGAAGAGCAUUCUGUUAUUGACUUGAUUUUAUAUUCCGUCCAUGUUUGAAUGAUUUAGUUUGCAGUUUACGACUUAGUUUGCAGUUUACGAGAAAAGGACAGAAAUGUAUGAGCGUGUGGUUGCUUUCAUUGGAAUUGAUGGUAAAUUUAUGAAAGUAACAUUAGAUUGGUAGAUUUAUUUAAUUGAUGUGUGUGAUACUACUUUAGAUGCUAGCCAUUAUGUAUAAAUGAGUUGUAUUUCAGUUGCUCUUAACUUGGAAAGAGGGCAAACAUUGAAAGUUACUUGGUCUUGUGCAAGAAUACAAAUAAAGACUUUUGCACCGUGGUUUACUAAAUUCAACAAAAAUUGAUGUGUAUAGGUUGUGUGAUACAAUGAAUUUCAACAUUCUUUUCCUUAUCUUUUUACUAAUCGAUUCAAAAUUUGAUUUCUUAUUUAUCGCACUGUGUGGUUGUUUAUAAAGAUAUUUGUAAGUUACAAACAACUCUGCAUGACUGGUGAUGCCUUCUUGUGCUAUGAAUAAAAGAAUGAGACACUGAUUACAGCACUGAGAAGGUACCACCAGUCGUUUUUAAAGUGAUUCGUUAAUUACGAAUAGCUUUUUGGAACACCCCACUGAGCCCUUUGCAGAAAGAAGUGCAAUCAAGCGCAAUGUUAUUUUCAACAAAUGUGAACGGCCCAUGUAGGAUAUGCUCUGCUCUUGAUUUGUUUGUUUUAUAACACAACUCUUUUGCAACGGGUCCGAGGUCAAAUGACACAUUAACAUGGUACAUAUAUAUGGUGUGUAUGAAGUAUAAGCCUUUUCCCUGCAAAAAACUACAACAAAAACUUAGCGAUUGAUUGUAUGGCUGAUUUGUAAGAUUGAUUGCAAUAAGGUCAGUUGUAAGAAUCAACUUCGCAACCGUUUCAGCUUCGUGUUCUGGGGGCCUGGCAUUCAUAUUUCACAAGAUGAAAUUAUGUUAUUGUAAAAUCAUUAAUUGAGUCUUCUCAUGACUCGUCUUCAAUGUGAGGUUUAAAGAGAUAUUUA